AUGAAAGUAUCGAAAAAGUUCAGAAAAGUCGAAUAUAAAGAAGAUGAAUCAGAUUGCGAUGAAUCUGACGUUGAUUCGUCUGAAGAUGAAGGUGAUACACCUAUGGUAGAAGCGAACGGCAAAUCCGAAUUCAAUGCAAUGAGAGUGUUUGAUAUAGUCCCUCCAUCGUUAUCAAAUUCAUGCUUUCGCGUCGAAAGUGACGGGAAAGAAAAGUAUAUUCAGAAGCAAACAGCCGGUUGGUUUUUUACGAAUUACAAACCACAAUUGUCAGGUGAUCGAUCAAAACAAGCUAUGCAAAGCAGUGAAUGGGUGAAUGAAAGCUUGAAUGUAGGGGUGUUAAUUUAACAAACAGAUUAGAAUUAUUGUAUUGCUCUUUUUUCUGUUGAAAAAUUUAACUAAACUAAUCAGCUCUAUUGUUCCAGUUUUUUUACACUCAUAUCUCACUAUGAUUGUCUAAACAUCUGACGAUAAAGAAUUCUUUUUUCUUCAAUAUUUCAUUGAAAACAGUGUCGAGUAUUUUGUGGUUUUUGAGCUUUGGAAGAUCAUCACAAAACAUGAUAAAUAUUUUGAAGAAUCAAUACUUUAAAAUCCUGGAAGUACGAAAUCCGCCGUUUCCUCCUUGGACGAUAUACAGUAGACUAUUUGACAAGUUUGAACAUUUGCCUGUGUCUUCCAACGAUAAAUCGAUUCUUUUCUCUUCUGUCAACGAAAUGAUACCCUGCCGAAUAUUUUCAUUGAGGAAUAUCCAUUCGUCAAAUCCCUU